CUCACAUUCUUGAUCUCCCUAUUCUUUGGCCAAAAGCCAUUCAAACAACAAAGGCAACUCUUGGUUCCACUUCUCUCUCCCACUAAAGACUACUACAUCUCAUCCAACUUUGUUGUUGUUUUUCCCUCUUUCUUGUAUCUUGUAAUUCCUUUCUUCAAAUCAACAAAGUUAAAGAUGAUCCAAGAGCUAUUUGGUGGGGGUGCUACCGGACUUCUAAAUCGAGACCGAAAUCUUCCCAUUCCUGGAGUCUUUGAACCUUCACCAUCUCCCUCACCCUCUUCUUCCACCACCACUGCCGCCGCUGCCACCGCCACCGACGCCACCAAUGUCCCCAACUCCACCACCUCAGAGCCCCAGAAGUUAAGAUGUCCACGGUGUGAUUCCUCCAACACAAAGUUUUGCUACUACAACAAUUACAACCUCACUCAGCCACGCCAUUUCUGCAAGACUUGUAGGCGUUACUGGACCAAAGGUGGAGCUCUACGUAACGUUCCAAUAGGUGGUGGUUGCCGGAAAAACAAAGGAACCACCAUAGCAGCCGCCGUGGGUAAACCAAUCUCCGCCAAUGGAAAACUGAAAGCAGUUGUGUCAUCUGAGCUUGGAAAGACCAGUUUUAUAAAUGGGUUUGAACAUGAGUUCAAUCCUAACCCUAUUUUAUGGCCUGGUCCACCACAAACAUCUCAUCUUCUUUCAUUACUCCGAGCCACACAAAACCCAAACCCUAAUUUUGCAUCAAACCCAUUAACCCACAUGAAAGAUCAAGGCUUUAUGGUUGGAUCAAACAUGGGUAAUAACAGUUUAGGGUUUGAACCCUUAGGUCAAACUCAAACUCAGACUCAAACAUCAUCAUUAGGGCUAUGCAGUUCUUUGUGGAGAAACAAUCAAGUGAAUCAUUUAGGUCAACAAAACCACCAUGAACAAGGGAUGAUCAUGAACACUGGUCAUGAAGUUCAACAAAAUCAACGGUUGAGAUCAUCUUAUCCAGGUAACUUCUACCAUCAUGAUCAAACUGGACCUUUGAUCUUGGGUAGCAAUGUGGGCAACACUUCUUCUUCAACUUCUACUUCAACUAUCUUGGAUUCUGCUCCGGUUCUUGCAAGUGGUGAGCUAGGGUUCUGGAACCAAACACUUCCGUGGUCCGAUCUAGCCGCGGCGAACGGUGCAUACCCUUAAGUUAAUCAAGAAUCUUUGAUAUUUAUUUUUUGUUUUGUUUAUCCAUAGUUAAGAGGUUAAUUAGCUAGGGUUUGUGGCAAACUUGAAUUUCUGGUGAUUUGGGGUGUGGUAUAUGAAUAUGGUUUGUUAUUUGAUAUCAUGUAUGUGUGCUUAAUUAAGGAGUGUUUUAAGUUAUAUGACA